CACACACACACACACUUUACAGACCUCCACUGAUUUCUAGCAGGUUAGUAGUAUUUUCUCUCAUCACAGAAACACGAGAUCUACUUCUGUCUGAUUUAUAAACCUAGUGACGACCGGUCAAACGUCUCACUAGUGGGUCGCCCUGAUCCCUCGCUAUAUAAGAGACCACCUUUACAUCCUCACGAGUGGAGUUAAAACACACACACACACACACACACAGACAGACAGACGCAGCGAACAGACACGAAUCCACUGACGGACUCACACACACACCAAUCCGCAGCAGGGAGCCCGUCUGUUUCCCAUCAUACCCCUGAAAUCUCAGAUUCCCCCACAAUCCAUCAGAGCAGCCUGCGCCAAAACACGAGCAUCACGGCUCACUGCCCACGAACACCAACACACGAGCAGCGCCGAGACCUCUCCAUCUGACCGCAGAACACACUCUCGCUCACACGUUGUGUUUCCAUGGUGUACGAGCAUCUUCCAUCAGACAGAAACGUCAUGCAUUUUUACAUUUAAGACACUUAAAAGUGAGGACAUGAGGAAAAGUCUCCUUCACCUUGUAAUAAUACCUGUGUCACUACACACACGUGCGUGUCCUGAUUUGUCAAACGUGCACACACACACAGCUCUGCUUCCGAAACGAAUCUCAUCUUUUCUGCCUCAGCUUACCUCGGCGACUGCAGGAGAGGACCUACAGAAAACAAAUUAAACCGAUGACUCACUGCCUUCUCUUCCAGCCCACAACCUCAAACGCUCGGGACGCUCACGCAGACUCCCGAAGAACCGCUCUCCAGCGAAGGCGGGGAAGCCCUUGAAGCACAGAAAGCGGGCCGUCGCCGUCCACCCACCGCUGCCGAGCACAAUAGCAGCGUCAGCCGACUCAUUAGUGCUCCACAACAAUGCAGACGCAGCCGUGGGCCGCAGACGCACGAAUACUCGCCUCGCGCUCGCGGCGGGUCACGAGGGACAGGUUUAAUUGAACAUCGACGGCACCGAUGAUGAACCAGAGGUCAGCGCUUUCAAGGGACACCGAAGGCCGCUGAGAGAAACCGUGAAAUUAAAACGCAUUUAAGUGCUGGAGGAGCAGUGGAAAAUGUAACAUUAAAAUAUUAAAUUAAAAAGUAGAUUAAAAAUCAAUAAUCCGGAGGAUGCAAGGAACCGUGGAAAAAUUGAGAAUAAAAAAAUAAUUUAAAAAUUUAAAAAUAUAGAUAAUGGAUAUGCAAAUAAUUAAAAAAUUAUAAAUAAGUACAAGAAAGUGGGGGCUGCAAGAAACCGCUAGAAGAUCAAUAGAAAAAAAAAAUUUAAUUACCAAAAAAAAUUAAACUGGGGCUGCAUGGUGCGGGAAAAGUGUAAAAAUGUACUAAAUUAAAAUCUUUUCAAAAGCGCAAUUCAAAACUUAUGCAUUAAACAGUAGAGUACCAUAGUGAGUAAAAACCUACGGUAACUUGAUGCUACAUUUUCUAAACAUUUUUACAUUUGGUUUAAAAAUAAAGUAGAAACUGGGUCUUUAUUAGUGAAAGUACAUGGGUUUCUUUUACGUUUUAGGAUGCAGUUACCUCACAGCAGAUUCUGUAGGGCUUCAUCAAGACGCACAGCCUGAAAUUGAGACUUUUUUUUUUCCCCAGUAAAUACUGUAUAAAGUGCAUCAAUAUUAUUAGAUGAGCCACGCAGCAGCACUGAAUCUAAAACCAGGCACAAUCUAUAAGCUGAAUAGAUCCUCUCUCUACUGAUGUCUGGUUUCACUGGAUUCUUCUGAGACGAAAACCUGGAUUCUGAGGGAGCCAAGUGUCACACAGUCCAGAAAAACCCCUUUAAAGUAGUCUAAAUGAAGUGCCCAAGACCUGAUAAUCAGUGUAGUUGAUGCAUAAAUCCCUUCAUGGAGCACCUGAUGUUUGGCAGAAAGAAAGCUUGCUAGUAUUGACCCGCACUGUAUUGUCUGAUUCCGCUAUAAAUAAACCCGAUCUCAUUAAAGCGCUUAAAAACAUCACGCGGAGUAAAAACAAAAGACUCUUCAGCGCGUGAGAGACACACAGAGGGUAGGAGCAGGGUUGUGGGGCAGAUGCGUGUCAUCACGCCGGAGGCAAUGUUAGCUAUUUCUACAGAUACAUUCCUGCUGCUGAUGACUGCUUUGGUGCUCCAGGGUCACGGUGGAGGGGACGGAUCUAGAUGAUGAAUGGAGCUGCUGGAGCAACAGGUCUGGACCCAUUCCUACCUGAAGAGCUGCGACAGGAAGCCAGUUCCGCGCGGCCACCGGAAGAGCCCGUAACUGUUUACCGAGAGUCGGUUGCUAAGGACGCGCCGCGCGCGAGUGAGUCUGCUGGAGAAACGCGGCUGGAAAUGCGGCUUUCCCCCUCAAGUGUCUUUAUAAGAAGCAGAGAAGUUCGUGAAGGACAUGCGCUCUUACAAACAGCAGGAUGAUCCGAAUAAAGCUGGGUUCCUUCCUCCCGCGGUUCACAGCUAUAAGCAGCACCUGGCAGCAGUGCGCUCGUUCCUUCCUGACCGACUGACCCACAGACCGCUUGAUCUGAGGAUAUCCAGUGAUCUUCAGAAAGCUCUGAAUGUGGACUCGGUCAAACCAAACCCGUCCAGAACCGAUGCUCGUCUCCGGCCGCUGCGCUCUUCACUUCUUUCCCAUGAUGCCGAGCAGGUGUCUCCGGAUCACAGUGUGUUCUCUCUUCCUGUGGCUCUUCCCGUGGGGAUGGUGGUGGAUCCGGGGCCGCAGGCGUAUCGUGUGAAGAGGGCCCCUCACAGCGCAGGGCCCAAAGCAGCGCACGCUCACACACACGGUGACACAGGAAGUCUGCGUGACAGUUCUCUCCCAUGUUUCCUGUCUGGCUUCAGCUUCAGAGAUGACAUCACUUCCUGCCUGGAGAGACUGGAUCUGGACCGACGCGGUCUGACGAACGUCCCUCAUCUGGACGCGGCCGAGAACCUGCGUCUCCUGAACCUGCAGCACAACCUCAUCUCACACCUGCAGGACCUGAACCACCUGCAGCGCCUUGUGAUCCUCGAUCUCUAUGACAACCGUCUGACUGACAUGUGAGUCUCCUCCCUCACCUCGCUGCGUGUGCUGCUGCUCGGGAAGAACAGAAUCCAGAGGAUCAGUGAUACGGACGGCCUCACUAAACUGGACGUCCUGGACUUACACAGUAAUCAGAUCUCUCAGAUCGAACACGUGUCUGGUCUGUCGAAGCUUCGUUGGUUGAAUCUCUCUGGAAACCGCAUCGCUCGAGUGGAGAACCUGCAGGGACUGAACUGUCUGACCGAACUCAACCUCCGACACAACAGCAUCACGUCUGUGACGGAUGUGGAGAGUCUUCCUCGUCUUCAGCGUCUGUUUCUCAGCGCUAACAGCAUCAGCAGGUUGGAUGCGCUGGCCUGUCUGUGGCUCUGCCGCUCUCUGAGCGAGCUGAGGGUUGAUGGGAAUCCUGUGGCGCUGGAGUCAUGCUACAGACAGACUCUCCUCCGCUGCUCUCCACGUCUUCAGCUGCUCGACAUGAAGCGCGUCACGGAGGAGGAGAGACGCACAGCAAGUGUUUCAACACGAAAGGAGGAUGAGAAGAAGAAGGAGAGUCACAAACAGGCUGCGCACAAGGAGAGACGCCGUCUGGCGAUCCAGAACGCAGCGCAGCAGUGGGAGGGGCUUAAGGCCUGCCUCGAGCUUCCUGCCCAGAACGGCACAAAGGAAGACGCCAGUCCAGACAACAGCCCCGCCCACAGCCCCGCCCAGACCAAUGGGAACGCUCAGGAGACGUCACCGGACGAGCCCAGGCGCUUGAGUCCUCUCACAGUCUCAGCCGGAGGGAAUGAGAGCAGGCUUCGAUCGUCCAGUCGACCGAACAGCCCCCGGGACUCCAGCGGGCCCAGCGUUCUGAGUCUGUCCAUGUCCGACACUCACCUGGCGGAGCUGGACGGAGAGACGCUGCGUCUGUUCGGCCCCGGGGCCCUGGAGACUCUGGAGCGCUGCUGGGGCGUUCAGACGGCCGCGAGCGUCACCGCCGUCGCCUUCAGAUACAUCCACUUCGACUCCAUCAUCCCCAUGUUCCUGCGCAUCCGCCUCAAGUUCCCAAACCUCACGCACCUGAUGUUCAUGGAGACGAGCAUCACUCACCUGCCUCAGCUGGCGGCUCUGGCUCAGGUGCGGCGUCUGGAGCAGAUCUCUGUUCAUCCGGAGGGUAAUCCGGUGCUGAGACUGACGCUCUGGAGAUCCUUCCUCAUCUACAGGCUGCAGCACCUCAACCUACAGAAGAUCAACGGCACUGAGGUCACUUUGAAUGAGAUCAUGGCCUCGGAGCGGAUGUUCGGUGCUCUGGGUCACGUCGCUGCGACAGAAACACCUCGCUGCCGCCUGCUGCUGCUGCUGGAGGAGUCCAGGAAGCGGCAGCUGCAGUUCCUGCUGGACGGACGCGGGCGCAGAAGCGGUCAGAGUCCAGAGGACCUGAAGGAGAACGGCAAACAGCUGGGAGACACUUUGAGCCGAGCGCUCUUCAACUAUCCCAGCAGACUCUCGGGCGGCCCUGAGGAGGCCGGCGCGGGCUCGGAGCGCUCUCUGAUGGUGCAGCAGUAUCUGCGAGGUCUCAUCCAGCGCUCCUCCUCUCAGUGCGUGAAGGCAGACGCUCUGCAGAAGCUCUGGCCGUCCUUCUUCAGUGAGAUGGUGAGAGACUGCGUUCUGGAGAUGAGAGACAGACAGGCCUUCAGACAGACCAGCCUCCGGCGGCUCCACGGCCAAUCACACGCCAGAACACAGCCUGAGCUCUGAAUGUACGGCAGCCCGCGUCUGCUCACUACUGAGGGAACCAACACACUCUACACACAGACCUCAGUGAUGUGUCCUUCAGGUGAACGAUGCAUUUAACUGCAAAGAGACAACCGUUUAAAUAACAAGAGGAAGAUUCUUCUGUCGCUCUGCCAUUAUAAUAGUUAAGCUGCAAGAGAAAUCGGACUGUAGAGGAAUUAUUUUUAUUUUGCCCAAAGUGGUACUUUAACAUGUAUCUUAUUUUUUCUAUUAUUCAUCUAGGAAUUGACUUCCGAGGCCUUUCUUUUUUAUUUUAUGUCUCUUCUUGUAGUCAAUGUUCUUUUAAUUAUUUUAUUAUUUUAGGUUGUAGUUGACUUCAGAGGCCUUACUUUGUUCAGCAGGUUCAUUUAGGUUUAUAAUUAUUAUAUUUUUAUCCUGUAAACGUGUCAAGGGUUGAACUAGAUCAAGAGCUGUAGCUGUGGCGUGUGUGAAAGAGAAACGGUGUGAUUCACGAGAGAGGACCCUGCACUUGAUCCGUUGAGUUUUGACUCCCUUCCAAUCACUGCAUUAAAUGAAGUGUGUGUAGAUGAAGCGUGUGUGUGGAGAGUGUGUUUCUCUUCAUGCUGUUUUUCAUGCCUGUCGCUCCCCAUAUUGAAUGUCAAAAUCAAACCAUAUGAUCUUUCACAAGCGCUGAUUUAUGUUUUGUAUUUUACUGACUAUUAAAAACAGAAAAGUUAAAAAACCA